UGAAUGUAUCACAGUGCAAAACACCUAAAACUUCGAACCUGUUAGUUAUGUACCGCUGCAUGUCAAGGUUAUGUCGUGUAACUGGAGGAAUACAUCUUGCAAACCCCUCAUCCACCCAAACAUGGGCAUGGACCAUAAAGAAAUGUCUACCAUCAGUUUUCCCUAACUGCUCUAUAUGUCAGUUCACUCACUUAAGCUCAGACAGAUUAAAGGAAGCCCAGAGAUUCACAGUGCAGAGAAACUGGAGACUCCAGCCAGCAUUACAUCGCUUCUAUAGCUCAAGUUCACAUAGAAAAAGGCUGCCAAGUGCAUUUCCAGUAAUAGAAGGUGCCUGCCAGCUUAUCCAUCGCCAUGUAUUUGAAGCAAAUUUACGAAACAGCUUGGCGUGUCAACAAAGGUACCUAGAGCUCAAGGAGAAGGUGCUGAAGGGAGGUGGUGAUAAUGCCAUAGCCCGACAUACGCAGAAGAACAAGAAGAUUCUUGUCAGAGAGAGACUCCAGAUGCUGUUGGAUAAUGAAGAUUACCUUGAACUAUCUCCGUUCGCUGGACUGGGUUUGCCAUAUGGAGAUAUUCCAUCAGCCUGCUGUGUCACAGGUAUUGGUCAGAUACAUGGGCUGUGGUGUGUGUUUAUUGCUAAUGACGCCACAGUCAAAGGAGGCACAGCUUACCCAAUUACAGUAAAGAAAAAUCUUCGGGCCCAAGAAGUGGCCAUGCAGAAUUGUUUGCCCUGUGUGUACCUGGUGGACAAUGGGGGUGCAUUUUUACCGCUUCAGUCUGACGUCUUCCCUGAUAAGAAUCAUGGUGGCCUCAUUUUUUACAAUGAAGCUUUAAUGUCAGCAAUGAAGAUUCCACAGGUGGCAGUGGUGUGUGGAUCAUGCACAGCUGGCGGUGCAUAUGUCCCAGUUAUGGCAGAGGAGGCUGUGAUUGUGCACAGGAUAGGAACCAUAUUUUUAGCUGGUCCUCCACUGGUAAAAGCUGCUACAGGUGAAGAAGUGACUCCUGAAAAUCUAGGAGGGGCCAGGUUGCACUCAGAGGUGAGUGGCUGUAUGGAUCAUUUUGCUGCUGUGGAGAGUGAAGCAUACGAGUGCACCAGAAAUAUUAUCUCAACACUAAACUUUGAGCUUCCAGAAGAGGACAGAUCUGAGUCAGAGAAGCCCCUUUACAGUGCUGAGGAGCUUAUGGGCCUUGCACCACACGCCUACAAUUACAGCAUGGAUGUCAGACUGAUUGUAAGUCGGCUGACUGAUGGAAGUCGGUUCCAGGAGUUCAAGGCUCGCUAUGGAACUACUCUCGUGACUGGAUUUGCAAAAAUUAAAGGGCAUUUGGUUGGCAUUGUUGCCAACAAUGGAGAGUUGACGUAUGAAGCCUGUUUGAAGGGAUGCCAUUUUAUUCAGCUGUGUGAGCAGAGAGACAUCCCUCUCAUCUUCCUUCAGAACACCCCUCCAGAACCUGGCCACACUUUGUCUCAGUUUAAGGCAGAGUCUUACACUAACAGACUGAAAGCUCAAGGAUCCAUGAUUUCUGCUGUAGCAUGUGCUACUGUUCCCAAGAUCACUGUGGUUUUUGGAGGCUGCCAUGGUACUGACAGCUAUGCUAUGUGUGGAAGGGCUUUUGAUCCCAACUUUAUGUUUUUGUGGCCUAAUGCUAGAGUGUCGAUUUUAGCUCCAGACCACGCCAGUGCAUUAGUGCAGGAUGAAGAGGAGGCCCUGCGCAUUAAUGAGCAGCUAAAAGAAGAGAGCUCAGCAUUCUUUUCAUCAGGCAGACUCUGGGAUGAUGGAGUAAUUCUUCCCCAGGACACCAGAAAGGUUUUGGGAAAAUGUUUGACAAUCAUCAAGCAGAUGAAUUACCAGCUGUCUAAAAAGAAGCAUCAUUCUCCUCUUCUUCGAAUGUAACACUACCUCAGAACAAUCCUUAUUGUAACCCCCGUUAAGAACGCACCCUAUACUUGAGCCACCCCUACAGAGCAUGCGCAUUCUUUUCCCUCCUUUUUUCUCUCUCUGAUAGUGGUGUGCGAUACUGCAAAAUUUGGUAUCGAUCCGAUAUCAAGUAAAUACAGGGCCAGUAUCGCCGAUAUCGAUCCGAUAUGAUACUUUUUACUUAUGAAGCAGCUUAUUUAUUUUUAUGCAGGGAAGAGCAGUGUCAUGAUUCAUGAGGUGAAUGUAUCAUCAAUAUGCUAUAAUAAAUAAUAACAAAUGAUUUUGUGUUAAUUAGUUAAUCAUGGGCAUGUGAAAACCCACUACAGUUUUUAGGUGAAUAAAAAGUAAUUUUAUUUUAUGUAAUAAACUUUAAUGAAGUCUGGGGUUUUUUGUUGAGAAACAAUUAUAUAAUAAGAAAACAUAAUCCCCCCUCAUUGCACACUCUGGCUUUUUGUAAAAUAAAGUACAGAAAAUACUAAAGAACGUCAAUUCUUUUUUCAGUAAAAUUAAUUCCUUUCACUGCACUUCUUAUCUGGCUUAAAACAAAGUACAGUACAACAUAACAUAACUGAAGAACAAAUGUGUUAAAACUUUAAUCUUCUUGAUGAAAAUAUCCAGUUUCUCUCUGCCUCACUGCUGUAUGUAUUUUCUCUCAGUGUCAGUGUGCAGAGGAGCUUGUGUUCAGUCACAGCCUCUAUACAGAAUAUUAGAUUUAUUAGAACACUGUAGUUGUGUUAAAAGUUCCCUGCUGUUGUUGUGAUCUCUGAAAGACAAUUAUUUCAGGAAAUUGGGUUAAUUUGAACUGGGUUAUACUGUAGUGACUGGAAAUAUUUGAUUAUUUUGUUUGUUUUGGUUUUUAUACACAUACCAACAUAGACCCUAUUUCCUCUUAGUAUUUUAGAUACAUAUUCCCUACACUACACUUAUUUUAUUUAACUAUUUCUUUUAAGUUACUAAGUUAAAUGUAUUACUGUAGUGGAAAAUUCCUUUAAAUUGCUACCGAAAUUGAGCUCAUGCUGUCACUAUGUGAACUUUGUUUUUUUGUAUUUUAUUAUAAGAGUCACUUUAUUGUUUUGAUACUGUUGUGAAGAGCUAAAACCCAGGGUGAGAAAAAUAUCAUUUUCUAUUUAGUAUUUUCUAUAAAUAAAUGGAAGAAUUGGUAUUCAUAAAACUCUCAACUUUCUGUCUGUUGUAAUUUUGUCCAAGCCCUCCUCCUAGAACCUGGUAAAGUAUUGAUACUGGUCCAUAGGAACUAUACAAAGUAUUUACAAAUCUUAAGGUUUAUUUGUGAUCUGUGUACAUGUAGAGCUGGUUGUAAUAACUAUGAUCAGAGUGAAAUUAUUCCACAACGGUUCAAGCCGUGUGUUACAUUAUAAAAUUUUAUUUGGACUGCAUCCAAUUCUCUGUAAUUUCUAUUACAUGUACAAAGCAGCAAAAUCAGUUUUAUGUUUGUAUCUAGAAAUGUAAUAUGUACAUCCUGGUGUUUUUAAAAUCAGAAUGAGGUUUUUUAAAAUAGGAAAUAAAAUACUGUUGAUAACUACACUAACAAGUUAAAGGGCAUUGUCAUGCACUAACAUUUGAGGUCAACCACCCGCUCACUAAAUAAACAAGAACAAUUGUAGUACCUUUAGAGAUA